ACGCGGUCGCGGGGUGAUGACGCGUGCGGGAGCAGGAGGUCGUCAUGUCGUUUGUUGUGGACUCCGUCAUCAUGUUCUCCUCGCAGGUACUUUUUUUUGGCUUUGGAUGGCUUUUCUUCAUGCGCCAGUUAUUCAAGGACUAUGAGGUCCGACAGUAUGUUGUCCAAAUAGUUUUCUCAGUGAUGUUUGCUUUCUCCUGCACUAUGUUUGAACUCAUCAUCUUUGAGAUUCUGGGUCUUUUAAAUAGCAGCUCACGAUAUUUUCAUUGGAAAUUGAAUUUAUAUGUCACACUCGUGGCACUUAUAUUUAUCGUCCCUUUCUACAUCGGCUAUUUUGUGGUCAGCAACAUUCGACUUUUGCAGCGAAAACGAUUCCUGUUUGCCUGUGUCGUUUGGUUGGUAUUCAUAUACUUUUUCUGGAAACUUGGAGACCCAUUUCCCAUCUUAAGCCCGAAACACGGGAUUCUAUCAAUUGAACAAUUGAUCAGCAGAGUUGGUGUCAUUGGUGUCACGCUAAUGGCAUUGUUGUCCGGCUUUGGUGCAGUUAAUUGCCCGUACACCUACAUGUCAUACUUCCUGAGGAAUGUAACGGAUAGUGAUAUUCUCGCGCUGGAGCGGCGGUUACUCCAGACCAUGGAUAUGAUCAUCAGCAAGAAGAAGAGAAUUGCAAUGGCGAGGAGGAUGAUGUACCAGCGUGGGGAAGUACUGAAUAAGCCUGCAGGAUUUUGGGGAAUGAUCAAAAGUGUAACAUCAUCAUCUUCCAAUGGUGAAAAUCUUUCACUCAUUCAGCAGGAAGUAGAUGCUCUGGAAGAACUGAGCCGACAAUUAUUUCUCGAAACGGUUGAUCUUCAUGCCACAAAGGAAAGGAUUGAAUACUCAAAAACAUUCCAAGGAAAAUAUUUUAAUUUUCUGGGGUACUUUUUCUCUAUCUACUGUGUCUGGAAAAUCUUUAUGGCAACAAUAAACAUUGUCUUCGACCGUGUUGGUAAAACAGACCCGGUCUCACGAGGUAUAGAAAUCACAGUGAACUAUCUGGGCAUUCAGUUUAAUGUGAAGUUUUGGUCUCAACAUAUCUCCUUCAUUCUUGUGGGGAUAAUCAUCGUCACCUCGAUCCGGGGCUUACUGAUUACUCUCACCAAGUUCUUUUAUGCAAUUUCCAGCAAUAAGUCUUCAAAUGUCAUAGUACUUUUCCUCGCACAGAUUAUGGGCAUGUAUUUUGUGUCAUCAGUGUUGCUCAUGAGGAUGAGCAUGCCCCUGGAAUAUCGCACUAUUGUCACUGAGGUCCUUGGGGAACUGCAGUUCAACUUCUACCAUCGCUGGUUUGAUGUUAUCUUCCUCGUCAGUGCGUUGUCCAGCAUUAUCUUUCUCUACCUUGCUCACAAGCAAGCCCCAGAGAAACAGAUGAGCUUUUAGAUGCGCCAUGACUUCAGACACUGAAUCUGUGCUCACACCUACUGUAUGAACCUUCAUUGUGCAUCCAAAUUGACUUUUCGAAGUCUUGCGAAUAUUGAGAAGACUUGAGGGAAAGCAAUAUUCGGUGAAGCACAUUGAGGAUUGCAGAACCUUGGAGGAUGGGUUCUCUGAUGCAAUGAAUUUGAAACAUUUAACUUGAAAGUUUAUGUAAGGAAGCAAAAUCACUGCUAAAGUUUACAUAUAUUUUUGAACUUAAAUCGCAAAUCAUUUUUGACUGGUGGUGUUGAUUUUUUUUAAGUACAAAGGUAAGAAAUGUUCUAAGGGAUGAAUUUUCUGUUGAUGUUAAUGGAAAAAUGCACAGGGGAAGGUCAUUUUAGUGUACUCUCGGUGAAUAAGGAUCCAGGCUGGAUUCUGCCUCUUCAGAAAUUCUCCCUUGACUGUCAUUGGCAGGGACCACCAAGACACUCGUGACUUUGCAUUGGAAAUGAAAUGAUUUCCCACCUUGUAAAACCUGUGAAGUAUCUUUCCAUUGAAAGAAAUGUAAAGGCAAAUGUUGAUGAGUCCCAAUUCCUGGCACUUGAAGCAUGGAGCGCUGCUGAUGUUUACCUGAUGUGCCUCAACAUUGCCACACUCGGUAGGUUUUAGUGCUCUACAGCUCUCUGUCGAACUAGAUUCAUGAAGUGUUGCAUCAAGUGUAUACCUCGAUUUUUUUCAAUAAAUUAAAAUUCUUGCUUCUAAUCAUCAGAUGAUGUUAACAGAAGCCACUAAUGCACUAAAAUAGAAAUAUCUACAGGUCCUGCCAUUGUAUGCCAUCUGUGUCCACAUUGAAUGCCUUGGUGUUUGUA